CAGAGCGAGGGGGCGGGGCCUCGGCAUCUCCAUCCCCGGGCUGAGGACCGCAGGGAUGUUCCCGGCUCAGGAGGAGGCCGACAGGACCGUGUUUGUGGGCAAUUUAGAGGCCCGAGUACGGGAAGAGAUUCUUUACGAGCUGUUCCUUCAGGCCGGACCACUAACCAAAGUGACUCUUUGCAAAGACAGAGAUGGAAAGCCGAAGUCCUUUGGCUUUGUCUGUUUCAAGCAUCCUGAAUCUGUGUCUUAUGCCAUAGCUUUGCUGAAUGGAAUUCGUUUGUAUGGAAGACCAAUUAAUGUGCAGUAUCGGUUUGGUAGUUCCCGCUCUUCUGAACCAGCUAGCCACAGUUUUGAGAGCUGUGUGAAGAUAAAUUCACACAGCUUCAGGAAUGACGAGAUGGUGGGCAGAUCUUCGUUUCCCAUGCAAUUUUUCCCAGUUACGAAUACUACUUUACCUCAAGAAUAUUUUUUCUUUCAGAAAAUGCACUGGCACACGUACAGUCCAAUGCUGCAGCCUCCAUUCUAUGACAUGACAGCUUCACUUCCCAACAGUGCAUCUGGGUCUUGCUCCUUAAACCAUGCUCCAGACCUCGAGGCUGGAUCCAGCUCCUAUGAAUGGACUCAUCAGCAACCAAGUGACCCUGACCUUUAUCACAGGAAUAAAAGAAAGAGGCAAAGACAGGCCAGUGACAGUGACAGUAGCUCAGAGGACAAGAGAGGAAAUGAAGGUAGCCAAAAAUGCCAGAAAUGUAAAAGGAAGAAGAAAUUCUAAUGACGCUUAUCUGCACUGCUCUCAAUUCUCUCUCUAAAAAGACCUGUUGUACCAAAUCACCCAUUUCUUAACCACCUUGUCUUUUAAAAAAAAUAUGAAAUGUGACUCUGUGAUCUGCUCUACAGUUUUUACCCUGAAUGAUAAUAGCCUUUAAACCAUACUAUAAUGUACUCCUUUUGUAUUGGCAAGGUUAUUUUUGGCCCAUUGUCAAGAGAAUACACUUUACAUCAUCUUAUUUUUAGAGUUGAGGACGAAGUCUCACCAAACUCACUAAACCCUUGAGGGUUCAGCACCCUGCUCUCCUGAGAGUCUCACAGGAGUCUUUCAAGCACAAGUGGGCUGGCCUCAGGGGUUCAUCUGCAGGUUCCUGGGAGAACUGAUGGGAAUAUUUAAAGACAGUGAGUUCUAACAAGCAUGCAGUGAGGAGGCUUCCGUUCCUUGUAUAACUAACACUUUAGUUUUUAUGUCUAAAUAUGGUACCUCUGAACAUCAUGAGCAAGGUUGAUGUCACGUGACCAGGACUGUGCUAUCAAAGGAAAGAAAAAUGUCAUGUGCUCAGUACCAUUUGGCCAGUGGAAACCCUGUGUGAUUAUCCCCUUUUUUAUGAUUGUGUUUGACACAACUAUCUCUUGACAUCUCGUUUAUUGUUUAUGAUGAUAAAAGUCAGUUGAUGGUGUUAGCAUCCACCGUCUAUUCAGCCACCAAGGGUGGAACAUAUGUAGCAAAUGUGUGAUUUGCCAUGAUGAGCAAGUAUACAGAAUGAUGUUGUAUCAUCAUAUAUUUAAUGCCUAUUCCAAAUCUAUAUUUUUAAUUUACUUAUUGUAGAAGAUAAAUGGACUAUAAGCAAAAUUCAUGGUGUAUGACAAUUUUAUAGCGCAGCAUAAACCAAAAUUAUGAAAACCGUAUAUUUGUAAAAGCUAACUGAAAGAAUCGUGCAAAGCCAGUUGGAUUUAUCUGCUCAGUUCAAUAGGAAAAACCACACAUGGAUGUUACUUUCUCAUGUUGUUAAUGUUUUAAUAAGUGUUAUUUAUUUAAAAGAAUAAAGAUACACGGUUAUAACCAGA